AGAGCUAUAAAUCACCCUCCAGUGAAGAAUUCCAGACAAUUCCAUAACUACCUGAAGAAGGACGGAAGAAACUCCUGACCUUCCUGGAAACAGAAGAGAUGAUUCUAACAGUGGUGUUCCUGUGUGUCACAGCUGUGCUACCUCCAUCCACUGGACAGGAACCUGAAGCUCUUGGUGCUCUGUCAAGCAGCAGAGCAGAGCAGCAGAAGCUGAUUGUUGACAGACAUAAUGCCCUCAGGAAAGGAGUAAAACCAACUGCCAGCAACAUGAUGAAGAUGGAAUGGUGUCCUCCAGCUGCAGAGAAUGCCCAAAACUGGGCCAAUCAAUGUACUUUAAGGCACAGUCCUCCUAAUCUGAGGAGAACCAAUGUACUAUGUGGUGAAAAUCUCUUCAUGUCCUCUGCCCCGUUAUCGUGGUCAUAUGUUCUUCAGUCCUGGUACAAUGAGGAAAAAAAUUUCAAAUAUGGAACUGGAGCAAAAACAAAAGGUGCUGUGGUUGGCCAUUACACUCAGAUGGUUUGGCACAAUUCUUAUAAAAUUGGAUGUGGUUUAGCCUUCUGCAGCAACACUACGUACAGUUACUUUUACGUCUGCCAGUACUGCCCCGCGGGAAACCUAAUAAGUUCAAUGAAGACACCCUACAAGGAAGGAGAGCCCUGUGGGGAUUGCCCUAAUUCUUGUGAGGAUGGAUUAUGCACCAACCCUUGAAAGUUUGAAGAUGCUUUUUUCCAACACUCCUGGCAAAGUGUUCAGGAUGUACCAGAGCUUCGUCUACAGCCCUGCUCCUGCCAAUGCAAAACUGAACUAAAAUAAUAGGCUCAACUUUUGCCUUCCUGGACAUCCAUCUCCUUAAUGAAUUCUUCCACAAACACUGAUUCCAUCCUGCCUCUCCCACAUAUGAGAAGGACUGACUUCAGUCCAGUGACUCACACAAGAAAAAUCUGUAGCAUGAUGUAUAUAUUCUAUUUAUGUAAUGGUCCAGAACAUGGUAGAGACGUUAAUUUAAAUUUGUUGUUUGGUUGGCAGAUAUAUUUAAUUAUUAGUUUUUCUCAUCUUUCUCUUCCCAAAAUGUUAUCUAAUAAACAUUUUUGAAGUUC